GCAGAAUCCGGGGUUCUCCGGUGUCGUCAUCAAUUCACUUUGACACAUGUUUAAGCCAUAAGCACUAUCAUGUGCUAUUCUUUUAUCGACUAAAACGUUAGAAUUUGGUAACGAUGCAUUGGAUAACGUGUCUUUGCGGAAGCAUUUCUCGGCAUGUGGGAGAGACUUCGGAGACCGAAACGGUUUCUGAUGUUUCUCUCUGUCACUGCAAUAUUUGCCGUUAUUCGACUGGCUUGCUUUUCACGUCCUAUCUUCCGACCGAAAAACCGAGAUCUUUUGACGGGUUGAGUGUCUUUGAGGGGAAUGAUGAUGUGUGCCGAUAUUUCUGCUCGACAUGUGGCUGCCAUGUAUAUCAAUCACACAAAGAUCAAGACGGCGAGUCGAGGUGGGGAGUGGCUACAGGUGUCAUCACAAGAAGCGAUGAUUCAAGCGGAAGAGUGAGUUAUACGUCGCACCAGAAAGUGGAAGAUACCAUCGACGGAGGUGCGUCGGUAUGGCUUCCUCUUGAGGCACAGCAGAAUUCUUCGAAUCGCGCGUAUUCGGGUUCAGUUACACCGAAACCGAAACAUCUCUAUGCGCUUUGUGCAUGCGAGGCUAUCCAUCUUCGCAUCACACGCCCGAACGAGGCCAGCUAUUUGCCGCAUCGCAGUUAUCCUGACCUUAUGUAUCCUUACUGUUCUACUGACGAGUCCAUCACGUCAAACCCAUCAGACGAUAAGUGGUGGAUCAAAGGAGACAGAUAUCUCGCUGGAACCUGCGCCUGUGAAUCUUGCCGGCUGGCCUCUGGGUUCGAGAUACAGACCUGGGCUUUUAUCCCCCGAGCAAACAUAUUGAUUCCUCCUACAGAUGGCUCAGGAUCAGAGGUUCCAUUGGACUUUGAGAGGCUACCGACGGGUGCUCUGAAAGCAUAUCAAUCAUCGCAAGGUGCAGUUCGUCACUUUUGCGGCGGAUGUGGCGCAACUGUGUUUUGGCGAGAUGCUGCAGAUUCAAGUGUAGUUGAUGUGAGUGUAGGAUUGCUUCGAGCUGAUGAAGGAGCUAGAGCAGAGAACUGGCUUCAUUGGCACAAGAGCCGCAUAAGUUUCGCUGAAGAAGUGCAGACUCAUCGAUCUGGUCUCCUGGCUACAGCAGCCCAGGGUUUAUUGGGUGAAGAUCUUAUGAUAGCAGAUGAUAUUCCCCGGAAAAGAAACUUUGUUUCCUAUAAAAACGGUCGUUAAUCUUGCAACGGCUAGGAUCGACGUUUCAAAACAGCGUUGCAUGAACAAUAGGUCAGAGGUAAACAACAAUAAAGCUGAGAAGAAUUCAAGU